AUUGGACAACGAACCAUCCGAAGUAAAAGAUAUCGAAACUCCAUUGAAAUAUCAGAGUCGCUGUGCUUCAAUUUUCAAAGACAAAACAACCGGACUGCCCACUGGAUAUGCUCUUGGUUCUAUCGAAGGUCGAGUUGCAAUACAAUACGUGGAAGCUGCCAAUCCGAAAGAUAACUUCACCUUUAAAUGUCAUCGUUCGCCGGAAUUGAUUAACGGAUUCCAGGAAAUUUAUGCCGUGAAUGAUAUCGCAUUUCAUCCAAGUUAUGGAACAUUGGCAACUGUUGGUUCUGAUGGUCGAAUUUCAUUUUGGGAUAAGGAUGCACGAACAAAAUUGAAAACAUCAGACCCACUGCCAGCACCUGUGACGCGAUGUAUUAUACAUCAGUCAGGACAGAUGAUGGCUUAUGCUAUCGGUUACGACUGGAGCAAGGGCCAUGAGGGAUACAAUCCUCAAACCGCUGGAAGCAAAAUCUUUUUACAUGCAUGUGAUGAAGACAUGAAACCCAAACAGAAGAAGUAA